UUACUCCACAUAAGAUAAGAUAUAACUCUAAUAAAAGGUUAAUAGUUUAUCAGAAUCAAAAUGUCUGUACAUAACCAAGAUUCGUAUAGCUGAAGAAACAGUUAAGUUGAAACCAAGUAGUGGAUACAUUGCAAACUAAAGGAAAAUAAUCAUGGCCUCACAGAAAGUUAUAAGAAGAAUAAUAUCAUCUUCAUUGAGUCCAACACCUGUUGGACCAUAUAACCAAGCAGUGCUUGUAGAUCGUACUUUAUAUUUAUCUGGGGUUCUUGGUAUUGAUGUUAAAACCGCAAAACUUGUAGAAGGAGGUGCUGCUGCAGAAGCUCGUCGAGCUCUUGUAAAUAUGGGAAAUAUCUUGAAAGAAGCUGGAUCUGAUUAUGAUAGAGUUAUUAAAACAACCAUUUUUUUACAAAAUAUGAAUGAUUUUGGUGGUGUAAAUGAAGUCUAUAAAAGUUUUUUUAAGGAACCAUAUCCAGCCCGAUCUACAUUCGAAGUUGGAAAGUUGCCAAUGGGAGCACAAAUUGAAAUUGAAGCUAUUGCUGUUACUGGGGAAGUGGAAACAAUUUAAAUACUAGUUAAAUUCGUUUUAUAAAUUUCUUGU